AUGGAUAGGUCAAAGGCCAGGCCAUUAGAGCCUCUUGACAUAAGAGCUCGACCGUUGGCAUCCCACGCCAUAGCUUGGUCCUGCGACGGUGAACUAGCCGUCGCGACAGAUGACACGAUCCACAUCUUUUUACCUGAGCACCCCAGGGCAGUCAGUAAUACAGACGACCCCGGCGACGAAGAAUUUGUCCAGCCGCAGUUCUCCCUCUCCCUGACAGCAUGCGGCAUCAUCCGCCCAGAUCCUGCUAUCAAUGGACCGCUAUGCGCCUUUGCGGGCGUCAAUCUACCGGCUCCAGCCACCGGAGAGGCCUUCGUGUUCAAAGGUGUAGGCAGCAGUGAGGCGACGGCAGCUGGUUCGGCCGUGGGACAAACUGUCCAUCUGGAGUGGUCUCCGAACGGUUUGGGGCAAAAUCUGAGGCCCGUCUUGACGGCGCUGACUACUUCGGGGAGCAUCGUUGCGCUGGGCGAGCAUAUUGACCAGAAGUUAGCCAUGUCGUCGAGUUCCAGGACAAGGACUUUUAAACACUGGAAGCUUCUUUGGGGCUUGGGUGCGAACUUGCCCAUUCCGGAUGGGGAGAGCGUGAAUGGGUUUCGAAACAUGGACGAGCGGAUUGUUUCUUUUGCGUGGGCGAAGGAAAUUGGCUCUGGAAUGGGGUUACUUGCGUAUUUGAACGAUGCCAGGGAAGUUGUGGUCAUGGGAGUGCAGUUCUUUUAUAAGACUUUGAAUGCGGAGGGUGGUCCUACGGAGGAGGCAGGCUGGGAGAUAUUUGAGAUUGAUCGGUUCGACGGCACAGGUCCACAUGCGCCUGCUGAUGCAGCAGAUCCAGACUUCGUACCAAGUGGAGGAGCAUUCUCCCUCACAUGGAGUCCGUGGCAUAUCACGGAUGAAUAUCGAACAGCAACAAUAGCGUAUGUGGCAAGGAGCCACGUUGGGUUCCGGCGAGUCACUAUCCAGGGGCGGUGGCACCGCGGUCAGGAUCCCAGCGUGCGGGUUGAAGAUGUCAACACCAUGUCGAUAUGUACUUUUCUCUCCGCGGAUGCUUUUGUGGAAUGGGAAGACACGAUCUGGCAAGAAAAUGAUGCCCAAAUGGCUCGCGGAGUGAUAGCCACACCAUUUGUCGUCAAACCCUUUCAGAUUGACCUGUGUGCAAACCCAAGUCAACUGCCCGAACCUCAUUCACCACAGGAGUGUUCAACCUUGUACCCGCCGCCCGAAGAGACCUCUACGAACCCUAUCACAGGUCUCGUCAUCCAUCACCCCGACCCAUCUCAGAAACCCCCUGAACCACAAUACACACUCAUCCGCCUCUCCGCAACACCAACCAACCAAAACUGGUUCGAAACCAACCUGCCACCCACAGCGCCUCUCCCACAAUGGGUCGAGCGCAUCCAACGCUCCAUCAGCCGCGAAGUGACGCGGGUCGAGGCCCUAGGCGGCGUGGACUCCGCGUCAGACACCGACUCUGAAUUCGACGAGCCCGAAGUCCACGACAUGACGCUCCUCGCAGAAGAAGAGACCCAGUCCAAAGUAUACCCCCAUCGCUUCCGGCUCUGGGGUGUAGCUGCGUCACCCGGGGACGGGUGUCUCGCUGUCGUGGCUUCGAAGCACACCACCCAACAUACGGAAAGGCGGCCGCGGUCAAGAGUACUAUUUUCCUGGGAUACAGGUCAGCAAAUGGAGUCGAGAGUGCAGCAUAUGCCCAAGCUGACGACGGAGGGAACCGUGUGGGAGGCAAUGUAUGGGAGAAUAUUGACUAUGCCAAGUUUCCUGUCGGGGACAACAGACAGGUCGUUGAUGUACGAGACGCCACUAAGGCACAUGUUCAAGGGGCUCGUUCCGAAGCAGCAGUGUGUUUUCUGUCAGACGGGGCUAGUAGUGCUGGGCGAUGAGUCGAUUUGUGAAAACGGACAUUCUUUUGCUACAUGUACGGCUACAGGGCUGGCCAUCAUGGCUCCCGGGUUGCAAAAGAGCAUCUUGGACCAGAAACUGUUGUCGAGUCGGCGGGAGAUGUGUGCGGUGGAUGUGGAGGAAAGUUCUUGA